AUGGAAGUGGCACAAGCACCGCUACAACUUACGCAAACAGAACAUCCGGACAGUAGAAUAGCUGGCGAAGAAAGUACAUCACCACUUCGCUGGUCACCACCAACAUCAGCUGCAUUGGUAGCUGCCGCUUUGGCACCGCCGGCGCUAAGGCCAUGGCUGCCUGAUCCACCUACAAAGAAGACCAAUCACUUGGGUUUAGUCUGCGUCGUGUGCGGUGAUACCAGCUCUGGAAAGCACUACGGCAUCCUCGCGUGCAACGGAUGCAGCGGCUUCUUCAAGAGGUCCGUCAGACGGAAACUCAUUUACAGAUGCCAAGCGGGAACCGGUCGUUGUGUGGUGGACAAAGCACAUAGAAACCAGUGCCAAGCUUGCAGACUGAAGAAGUGUCUUGCAAUGGGAAUGAACAAAGAUGCUGUUCAAAAUGAGCGUCAACCACGCAACACAGCGACCAUCAGACCUGAAACCCUGAGGGACAUGGACCAGGAGAGAGCUCUGCGUGAAGCAGCCGUCGCUGUUGGUGUAUUUGGCCCUCCAGUAUCGCUUGCGAUGGCUCUAUCACCAGCGCGAUACCCACUACUAUCACCCCAUUACCCAGCCUUGCCCCCACCGCCACCUAUUCAGCCAGACUCCGUUCAUGACACUCAUGAUGAAGGGAAUGCUCACUCUGAUAGUGAUGAUGACAGCAUUGAUGUGACAAAUGAAGAGGAUUCCACGUCAUAUUCACCCCCAGCUAUAAGCUACCCACAGAAUUGCAUGCCUUAUGGUGCGCUGGGUGUAGAGAGCGCUGCGGAGACGGCAGCUCGUCUCCUAUUCAUGGCUGUGAAAUGGGCGAAGAACUUACCGUCUUUCGCCAGUCUCUCAUUCAGAGAUCAGGUUAUAUUAUUAGAAGAAGCGUGGUCCGAGUUGUUUCUUCUAAAUGCCAUACAAUGGUGUCUGCCAUUGGACGCGGCCGCUGCAGCCUUAUUUGGGACCGAACAGACCGACCAAGAAAGCGGUAUUAGUUCGUCAACCCGUCGUCGCUUGAGGGAAGUACUGUGUCGUUACCGCGCUGUUCUUCUGGACCCAGCCGAAUUCGCCUGUAUGAAGGCUAUUGUGCUUUUCAAAUGCGAAACACGAGGCCUCAAAGAUCCUUUACAAAUCGAGAACCUCCAAGACCAGGCCCAAGUGAUGCUAAUGUCUCACACGCGAAAUGCUCAUGGGGCGGCCCCUGCUCGUUUCGGUAGACUCCUAUUACUCCUGCCUCUUCUGAGAUCUGUCACUCCUAUGCAGUUGGAAAGGGAGUUCUUCUCUAAGACCAUUGGACAGACGCCUAUGGAGAAGGUUUUGGCGGAUAUGUAUAAGAAUUAAGCUUUUACAGCCCUACAGGGCUACCCUGUAAUCAUACAGCGAUAUUAUUAUUCGUGCUAUGAUCGUUGUAUCACUCUUUGUUGAAUUCUUAGACACAACGCUAAAUUAAAAAUAUUUUCAUUUAAACCAGGACUUUAUUCGUUAGGUUAUUAUUAUACACUUUAACAUAAGAGCGGAAAAAGUAGUAUAAGAAUUUCGUAAUACGCACUUGCUUAGACAUGUAUACACUCUAGUCAUUUUAUGAAUGUGUAAAUAUUAUAUAUUAGAUUCAAAACGAAUUAAGGGCCUCGUAAGGUAAUAUUUGUAAAUAGUAUGUAUGUAUACUGAGGCGUGAGCACAAAAACUAUCGAAUUUAACAUUUUCCCAACAGAUUAGGUCAGUCUUAAUGUAUAUUAAGACUCUGUGGUUAAGUCUAAGGUUAAGAAUCAGACUCGACUUAACUGUCACUACGGUAUGUCAAAAACUUAUUUUGAUAGAUGUCAUAGAGUGUGAUCCAGACUAUGACGCUCGUAUGUCGAAAAUUCUAUACUAUUUUGACGUACCGGACAUACAUAAAUCGAUUCUGAAUCUUCUUAUAGGUCUCACUUCUCAUUUUUUCAUUUCUACUACGAUGGAGUGAAUAUCCCACAUGAUGAUGAUGAGUUUUGCGUGAUAACUGACCGGCAGCUUCAUGUAUAAGUGGGAUAUAGGUGUAUUUUUCUAGUUUGACUAAAUUUUAGUUUGUCACAUUUGGGAAUCAAAGAUGAAAUCGUGAUUGCAGUCUAACACAUUGCUUACAUCUGAUCAAUAAUUAUGUUAUAAGUUUCUCGUAAUUUUUUGUGCUCACAAACAAAUUUACAUUACUAAAAUCAUAGUUGUAAUAUGCUAUUAUUAUAGCUCAACCUGUCACACAAUUUGUUAUUUAACAACUUGCUUGAAACACUACGAAGUACUACAAUUUAUAACUAGAUGGCGCUUUUUUAAAAAUAAAAACGCUAUUUAGAGUUUUCUCUAAUCAUAUAAGCUAAUAAAUGCAAUAUUCCGACAGAUCGAGUAUAGGUAUAUGCCUUUAAAU